CUACAUGUAGUAGUUCGUGAUUAAAGAUAAUAUCUUUAAUCGUGCUAUCACAGAAUAGAUGAAUUUCAUCUAUUCUGUGGUGCUAUUCUGAUUCCAUAGCGUUGAUUGCAGGGCUUGACUGGCUGGGAUUAGUUAAUACUUAAUUGGUCUAUGAUAAAAGCAUAGUAACUAAUAAAGCUAACAUGGCUAAGUAACAGAAGAAGUUGUACCUAAUUGAAAAACAAACAAUGAAGAGGACAUAGUUCAAUAUGGUACCUACCAUGAAGAACAACUACUGAUGAUUACACGAUCAAUUCCAAGUACAAUGAUAUAAUACACAGUUAAAGAGAGUUGUCAAUCCCACUUAUUAGAUGUGAUGAUCAAAUAUUUAAUGGGAGUAUUGAACAGGAAAAUAUUGAAGAUCGAGCAUUUAAUAGAAUUACAAAAGAGGAAAACUAUUGAUGAAACAGGCCAUAUUAACAAUGAUAAGUCAUGUUAAUGAUAGUCAUAUCAAAUAGGAACUAAAAUGAAGAAUAAGUCAACACAAUUGAUACCCAAAUAAAAAUUAAAGUAUUCAAUUAUUGACUGUUAAUAAUUUAAAGAACAUUUUUAAACAAAAUCAACUCUUCAGCAUUCAUUACUUGUAUGAAUUCGGACGAGGCAUUGGGAAAAUCCAUUGACUGGUUUCUGUGAUAAAAUGUCUAAUACAUCCAAUUUACCUGCGCAUACAAGGACACAUAACGGAGAAAAACCGCAUAACUGUAAUCUCUGUGAUAAAAGCUUUUCUACAUCAUCAAAUUUAACAAAUCAUAUAAGGACACAUACCGGAGAAAAACCGUAUAAGUGUGAUAUCUGUGAUCUAGCUUUUUCUCAAAAAACAAAUUUAAAAACUCAUACAAGGACACAUACCGGAGAAAAACCGUAUAUAUGUGAUAUCUGUGAUCAAUCUUUUUCUAAAGCAAGUAUUUUAAAAACACAUAAAAGGAUACAUACGGGUGUAAAGCCGUAUGUAUGUGGUAUCUGUGAUCAAGCUUUUUCUCAAGCACAUCAUUUAACAAGACAUACAAGGACACAUUCUGGGAAUAAGCCUUAUAAAUGUGAUAUUUGUGAUAAGGGGUAUUCUACAUCAAUAGAUCUUACAAGGCAUAAAAGGACACAUAGUGGAGAAAAGCCAUACAAAUGUGGUAUCUGUGAUCAAGCCUUUUCCCAAGCAUAUCAUUUGACAAGGCAUACAAGGAUACAUACUGGCGAAAAGCCGUAUAAAUGUGAUAUAUGCGAUAUAAGGUUUUCAGGAGCAUCAGAUUUAACAAAACAUACGAGAACACAUACCAGAGAACAACCGUAUAAAUGUGAUAUAUGUGAUCAAGCUUUUUCUCAAGCACAUACCUUAAAAACCCAUAAAAGAACACAUACGGGAGAAAAGCCGUAUACAUGUGAUAUCUGUCAUCAAGCUUUUUCUCAAGCACAUCAUUUAAAAGGGCAUACAAGGACACACACUGGAGAAAAACCGUUUAAUUGUGAUAUAUGUGAUCAAGCUUUUUCUCAAGCCCAUAGUUUAAACACCCAUAAAAGAACACAUACCAGUAUUGAGCCAUAUAAAUAUGUUAUCUGUGAUUUAGCGCCUUCCCAUGGGCAAAGAUAAUAUUAAUGUUUAGACAAUUAUCAUAUCAGAGUUAGACUAGUGUUAAACCAUGUAUAUAUUAUGUGAAAUGGUGGAUUAUUAAAUAUUUUCUUAUAAAAAUAUCAUUAUUUUUGUCAAAUCAAAUUAUUCAAUUCUAAACUAAUAAAGUGCGUCUAAUCAUGCAAUUCUGCCCAAUGCAUACAUCCCACAAUAAAAAAAAAUAAAAAUAAAACAACCAUAAGCAAUCCAAUUAAAAUGUAUUUUUAAAUGGCUGUUACCGUAUAAUUCAGUACCUCAAGUACUCAAUUAAUGGCUCUUCCAGCACCAGUAAUAAGAUGUUACCGAAAUUUGUAUACAUAGUAAUACAUGAUCAAAACAUCACAAUUUUUGAUUUUUUAAAACAUUAAAUAGGUAGGUGAAAAUAACAUUGAUACUCAAUGAUAAUAAAUAAUAAAAAAUUAA